AAUUUGCGAGGCAAGAUAAUAAGAAAUCCCCGGCAGAUGGCAUCGGUGACGUAAAUGGUGAAGUUUGCGGCGUGGCUGUGUCAAAUGACAUAUCACAAUUAAGUUAAUUAAGUGCGAUUAAUUCGGCUCGAAUAAAAUCGUCGUGAGACAACGAUCGAUCAGUGACGUCGCCUGCUUGUCAGAAGAAUUUCCUCACGAUGCUCCAGUCACGAAUUCAUCGGCGAAUUUUUGUCCACGUCGUGGCCGUGUUGGUGUUGAUAAUUAUGACGCAUGCGCAGGUGGAAAAUGGCGGACCAAUCACCGGCGAGCCGCAAAAAGGCGCCGAAUUCAAAUCUGAUGAAAAAUUAUUCAAGAAAUUGUUCAUCGAACGACGUAAGGAUCAUGUAGAAGCUAUACAGACUCUCCUAAAGAUAGAUAAUUAUGAACGUCUGUAUAAAAUGAUCACAAUGCUGGCUGAAAAAGUAAUAGAGAUCAUCCAAUCCAGUAAGAAUAUCAUCGAGAAGGCCGGUUUCGUGCCGAACAAUAAUUCUUUUCCAAAAGAUACCAAUGUCAAAGACGCAUUAUCUAGCGUUCUGGAGAACACUGCGCUUUUCGGGGAUAUUAUUCUGCAUCUACCGGAUAUUACUCACAGAAUACUGAAGACGCAGCAGGGAUGGAAUCCUACGAUACACUGGUCCCUGAAUUUCACCAAUCAAAUGCGCCACUUACUAAACAAAUCGACCAUCACGAUGAUCCGCCUAGUUGAGCAGGAGUUGAACAUCACGGAGCGGGAUCCGAACUAUCUUAAUCCGUAUAAGAGCUCGACUCGCACUGGAUAUCAACAUCAGGAUACCGCGGAAAAAAAGAAGCCUGUGAAAAAAGAAAAGCGUAAAAAGGGUCCGCAGAUUGCUAAAAUCGAGUUAUGAGCUCUCGCAGCGAGGAUUCUUCUGACCGGUUCCUAAAUCACCUCGUUAAGAAGCGGUUUUUAUGACAUGUUAAGAUCUUAAGAAAGAUAUAUCCUACAUUUCAUCCUAUAUUUAGAACCAAAAAUAAUGGCAAAACGAGUUUCCUACGAUAGAAUAUUUUGAUAUAAACUUGUUAUAUUUUAAUGUAUAUAUACUAGCAUAAAAUUGUGAUUAAUAGAAUAAUUAAGAUUAUGUGAGUUUGCAUGUAUAUUUAGAUUCAGUAGUCGGGUUACGCAAACAUUGUUAUACAUAUCGCACGCGAAGAUACAAUCUCUUUUUCAAUAUUAAAUAAAAAUAUAUUAUUUAUAUUAAA